UUCUAGCUCUCAGUCGAGCAGACGUGUUUUUUUCGUGGUGCAUCCUUUGCGAUACUUUUACUUUGAUUUCACGUGAAAAGUAGAUUCCAGUCUAAGUGCAACUUAACGCAAGUGAUUCUAACUCGAUUGCCCUAGUUUAACGCAUUUGUGAUUCUGGUGUGCUCCGCAAAUUAAGCUAUUGCUCUGAAUGUGGGGAUACAUUACCCACAGCCACACAAACUGGUGUUAAAUUACUCGACCAGUUUCGAAAACGAAACGGUUUGCUUGUCGUUUAAGCACGUUGCGCAGAGAUAUGCAGUGUAAUUGUAUCAACAAACGGCAGUGAAUCAGAGUGCGUCAAGUUCAAAAAGUAAUCACAAGUGAUAAUGGCUGAUGUUGAAUCACUAGAUAAAUUCGGUGGUGGAAGGCGAAGGAUCUCUUUUCCUGUAGUUUUCGAUGUCGUUGUUUGUGCUGCUGUCGUCCUGUUCAUCGCGGUCAGCGAGUUCGGCUGGUUCCCGGAGCUGGUCCAGAGGGGUUUCUACUGCGAUGACCGCACCAUCCAGCGGCCCUACAACGGAGACACAAUCACAGCGGGGGUCAUCGUCGUAAGUGGCCUAUUGCCCUUGCUGCUCAUUUGGCUAGCCGAAGCGCUGUUCUAUGCACCGUCCACUGCGGAGUACAUGAAAAUGGCUGAAGUUCCUAGCUCACGGAGUUCGACCUCGUGGAGGCAGACUUGGUUCUGGUUCAAGAAGUAUGGCCGGGGGUUGCUUCUGAAGCUGCUGGUGGUUGACGUGUUGAAGAUCUUCGCUGGUGAGCAUCGGCCUCAUUUUCUGGACACGUGUCGACCGAAUGUGGUUUGCGAGGGAAGCGAGUACAUUGCACAGUACACGUGCACCAACACCGAGGAGCGACCGUACUUCAUCCGUGACGCCAGCAAGUCUUUCCCUUCAGGGCAUUCGUCCGUCAGUGUGUACGGCGCGAUCUUCAUGAUCUGGUAUUUGCAGUGUAGGACGCCAAAGCUGCGCUCCAGCAUGGCCAUUCCGCUGUGCCAAAUGGUGCUGGCGACCUGGGCAAUGUUCUGCUCGCUUUCGCGAAUCAUCGACAAUCGGCACCACUGGUGGGACGUGCUAGCCGGGGCCGCAAUCGGAGCCGUUACAGCGUUUUUAACGUGCACUUUGAGCUGUAAAAACUUUGCUAGCGCUAAGCAAAGCACGAGUAGCAUCGCGUACAAAGAUCAUGGAACCAACCUGAUAGAAACCAACGGCCGUUACAAGGAGGAACCCCUUCGAAAUAUUAUCCACACCACGUGAAGCGGCAGCAUCAUUUCAACAUUCGAACAGUGCUUUAUUGUUUGUUUUCCGUUGUAGUUUAAGUUUUACCCUUUAAGUUACGUAUUUUUUAAUUCAAUUGUGAUUCAUCAGUAGAAGACAUCCGUUACCAUAGUUUUAUGUUUAAAAGAAUCAUUUUAGCUGAAUUAAUUGUGAUAUCA